AUGGAUAAUCUCGAAUCAACGUUAUCUAUUGUGGUUAUCAUUAUUGGCACAAUAUCUGCAAUUUUUAGUGGAUUUCUUGCUUUUUUGGUGUUGAGAGUUCGUCCCACCUACCUUGCCCGGUACCAACACAUACUGGUAGCCAUCGCCUUGACCGGUGUGUGCUACAGUAUCUGUGAAAUAUGCACGGUACCCUACUGGUACGUGUCCGAUGGGGAUUUUGUGCUUUUCGCGGUGGGACCCAUACAGAGUAGAAGAGUUUCUCAGGCGUUGCUCUACGCAUUUGCGAUCUCGUUUAUGGAAUCGUUGUUCCUUAUUUCCUACUCAUUUGCGUUUCAAUAUGCUCAGGUUUGCAGAUCCGAAUGGUUUCGCACAUUUCAAUUUUUGAUCUACAUUCCCCCGCUCAUCAAUUUCAUUAUUAUCUCCAACUGGCUUCUGGCUGUCACUUAUUGCUUUGCACCAACCGAGCAAAAAAUCAAGAAAGCCACUGAAUUUGUUUGGGAGCACUUGAAAAUCAAGAUCGGCCAUCGUGCCUCACUGGGAUUUUCAUUGGAGAUUCAAAAAUUCGACACACUGUUUUACAUUUUCAUUUUGAACAUAUUAAUUUUAAUUUUGAUAUUAUUUUUCACUAUCAUCAUAUCUGCAAAUCGAAUAAUUGCAAAAGUUUCUUCGGACCUAUCAAACCGUAACCAGUUCUCCUCAAUUUACCGUCUGCUUUUUGUUCAAUGCAUUUCGCCGACACUUUUCACAAUUUUUCCACUCACUUUUAAUGUGAUUACUGGGAUUUUGGGUAUUAAUUUGGGACAGAAAAUCCCAUUCGUUCUGGCGUCUCUACUACCAAUGUAUCCUGCAGUUAACACAAUUCUUAUCAUUUGGCAAAUCAAGGACUAUCGCAAUUAUUUCCGAUUCUGCAAUCGGAAGGACCGGAGGAUUUCAGUAGUCGGAAGACGGAAAUCUGUGAUUAUUUCGAUUUGA